AUGGCUACAAGGACUACUGCAGCCUCCAAGUUACACUUACAACCAAACGUGGACGACUCCGAGGAGAUUCUUGCCAAGUUGGGAUACAAGCAGGAGUUUCACAGGGCAUUCACUCCACUAGAGGUGUUUGGAGUUGCAUUCAGCUAUAUAGGGCUACUCCCUUCUAUAGCAUCGGUGCUCUUCUAUGCCGUCCCAAAUGGCGGGCCUCUCGCGAUGGUCUGGGGGUGGGCGAUCGCCAGUGGUUUUAUCAUGUGCAUUGGACUAGCAAUGGCAGAACUCGCGUCAGCGGCGCCUACUUCCGGUGGUCUAUAUUAUUGGACUUACUCACUUGCCUCUCCACGGCGUCGCAAUUUUUUGGCAUGGAUAGUUGGCUAUUCAAAUACCAUACAGUCCAUCACAGCAGUCGCUUCUGUGGACUGGGCUUGCGCAAUUCAGAUCACUGCAGCAGUCGGUAUCGCUUCUGACCAGGCGUAUGCAACGACCAACGAGCAGCUCUACGGCAUAUAUGCAGCGUUGGUGUUAUCACAUGCCAUCCUCGUUAGCCUUGGUACCAAAUUCUUGGCAAGACUGCAGAGAUUAUACAUCUUGUUGAAUGUGUGCCUCUGCUUCAUAGUCAUCAUUGUGCUCCCGAUCGCAACGCCAUCGCAAUACCGAAACAGCGCGAGUUUUGCGCUAGGGAGCUUUACAACUUUGGACGGCUGGCCAUCAGUGUUUGCAUUCAUUUUGAGCUUAAUGGCUCCUCUGUAUACAAUAGGGGGUUAUGAUUCUAGCGUGCAUAUGAGCGAGGAAGCCUCAAAUGCCGCUACCGCGAUACCAUGGGCAAUUAUUAGUUCCAUUGCCAUGUCAGCCAUCCUUGGCUGGGGAGUCAACGUCUCUCUUGCCUUUUGCAUGGGCACUGACCUCAACGCCAUCCUAACUAGUCCCAUAGGCCAGCCCAUGGCGCAGAUCUUGUAUAAUUCACUCGGAAAGAGUGGAGCCUUAGCUCUCUGGUGUUUCGUUAUUUUAGCGCAGUACAUGAUGGGGUCCAGCUGUCUCCUGGUCGGCUCUCGCCAGACCUUUGCAUUUGCUCGCGAUGGAGCCCUCCCAUUUUCACAGUAUCUAUACCAGAUCAAUGGCUAUACAAGAACACCAGUUAAUACAGUCUGGUUUGACGCUGCCCUUGCUCUCGCAAUCGGACUUUUGGCGUUUGCAGGCACUCAGGCUAUCGAUGCGGUAUUCACAAUUGCUGUCACCGCAUCAUAUGUCUCUUACAUAACGCCAAUCGCGACUCGCUUUGUGUUCAAGAACGAUUUCAAACCUGGCCCAUUUAAUCUUGGGAGACUGAGUUUUCCUAUCGCUACGAUCGCUGUAUCGUGGAUGGUCUUCAUGAUCAUCAUUUUCUUCUUCCCUUCCACCGCGCAAAUAAAUGCCCAGGCGAUGAACUAUACAGUCGUUGUCCUGGGAGGAUACAUGUCGCUUUCUGUUUUCUGGUAUUACUGCCCAGUAUAUGGUGGUGUGCACUGGUUCAACGGACCUAAAUCCAACUUCGCACCUGCUAUCAAAGGUGGAGAUGAGGAUUCGGUGUGUGCGAGGAAGGAAAAUCGUGAUACAGAUCUUUCUGGAUCAGCAGUAGAUUCAUAA